AUGGGUCACUCCCCACCGCCCAAGGUUACUGAUCGCAACAAUAUUGAGCGAGUAGAGCAAUUAAAGGAAGAACGCGAACAGUUUCAAUAUGAGGAAGAUCGUUUUCAAGAACGCGAACAGUUUCAAUAUGAGGAAGAUCAUUUUCAAGAACGCGAACAGUUUCAAUAUGAGGAAGAUCGUUUUCAAGAACGCGAACAGUUUCAAUAUGAGGAAGAUCGUUUUCAAUAUCACCGUCGUCGAGAAGAAGAUCGUCGUACGGCGGAGGAAGCUCGUCGUCAGCGAGAACACGAGCGUCAGCAAUACCUUCUCGAUCUUGAAAUGUAA